ACAAAUGCCACGUCUUAUUUAAAACGGUAACCUCCAUUCGCCGUUGUUCUUCGCCUUCCUAUAUCUUCCACCUUUUAUUAUAAUUCUAAAUAUUCAAACAAAACCUGACAUUCACAUUUCUCCAUCUUAAUCUCCUCAAUGCAUGGAAUCAUCACAUUCACCCUCACGCCAUAGCUUCAUCAUCACCGUGUACGUGUACCUGCAUUAUUCUUAUUAUCAUCACCAUCAUUAUCCAUUUCAACAUUGAAUAAUUUAUCAUUUCGAUUUUCACGCGUCGUUCGCAAAUUCGCAAUAGGUAAUAUUUUUGAAUCGGAUCGGUGUGUGAAACAAUGAACUCGCCGUCAUCAUCAUCGUCGUCGUCGACGGGAGACGCCAGCAAGAUAGCGACGAGGUCUUCCAUUGUGGAGUCGAUUAGGGGAUGCGGCAUGACGAGUACGCGCGUCGACAAGGAGGAGCUAAAGCGGUGUCUCACCAUGCCGCAGUACCUACGGACCGCAAUGCGGGACUCUAUCCGGUUGCAGGAUCCCAACGCUGGCGAGGGCGGUUGUAUUCGUGAAGGAGGCGAAGAGAAUGAUGUUGCUCCUCUUACGCCAAUGGUUGUUUUCAUUAACCCCCGCAGUGGUGGCCGCCAUGGCGCUGACCUCAUGGAACGGCUCCAGGAUCUCAUGAGUGACGAACAGGUUUUUGAUAUAUUAGAUGUGAAGCCUCAUGAGUUUAUCCAGUAUGGGUUAAGUUGCUUCGAGACAUUAGCUAGUUCUGGUGAUACUUGUGCCAAAGAAACACGUGAGAGAAUAAGGAUAAUGGUUGCGGGAGGUGAUGGUUCAGUUGGCUGGGUUUUAGGAUGUCUCACUGAACUUAACACACAGGGCCGGGAACCAGUUCCUCCUGUAGGAAUCAUACCACUUGGUACAGGAAAUGACCUGUCUAGGUGUUUUGGUUGGGGUGGUUCAUUUCCAUUUGCAUGGAAAGCAGCUAUUAAGAGAACUCUUCACAAGGCUAGUAUUGGUCCAAUUUAUCGUUUGGAUAGUUGGCGAGUUUCACUUUCAAUGCCCGAAGGCACAACUGUUGAACCACCUUAUUCUCUAAAGCAGACAGAAGAGUUCUCUCUUGAUGAGAGCUUAGAAGUUGAGGGAGAACUACCCGAGAAAGUUAUAUGUUAUGAAGGCGUGUUCUACAAUUACUUUAGCAUAGGUAUGGAUGCCCAAGUGGCUUAUGGCUUUCAUCACCUGCGUAAUGAAAAACCUUACCUUGCCCAAGGACCAAUAGCAAAUAAGCUUAUAUAUUCUGGUUAUACUUGCACUCAGGGUUGGUUCUUCACACCCUGCACAAGUGACCCAGGUUUUAGGGGACUUAAGAACAUUAUGCGGAUGCAUGUCAAAAAGAUCAAUAGCUCUGAAUGGGAGCUGGUUCCAGUUCCUACAAGUGUAAGGGCAGUAGUUGCUCUGAAUCUUCAUAGUUAUGGAAGUGGGAGAAACCCAUGGGGUACUCUGAAACCUGAGUAUUUGGAAAAGAGAGGCUUUGUUGAAGCUCGAGUUGAUGAUGGACUUCUGGAAAUAUUUGGUCUAAAGCAAGGAUGGCAUGCAUCAUUUGUGAUGGUUGAACUGAUAUCUGCAAAGCACAUAGCUCAGGCAACAGCUAUCCGGUUGGAAGUAAGAGGAGGGGAGUGGACGGAUGCAUAUAUGCAAAUGGAUGGUGAACCUUGGAAACAACCAUUGAGCAAAGACUUCUCGACAUUCGUGGAACUAAGGAGGGAACCUUUCCAGUCACUUGUGAUUAGUGGAGAAUGAAUCAUUUUUCACAGGUUCAUUGUUCUAUGAAUGGGAUUCAUAAUGUGCAUACCAGAUCUAAUGUAAAUUUAUAGAAGAAAAAAUAUAUUAUUUUCAAACAUCAUCCCCAAUUGUAUAUCCUGAAAUUUUAAGGUCUUUAAGGGUUUGUUUUGUUUAAUCUAGGGAAGGGAAGGGAAGGGAAGGGAAGGGAAAGGGUCUCAUCUGAUUAAUACAAAGAUUUUACAUUUAAAAGUUUGAAAACUUUCUCAAAAAACUUGAAUAAUACAAUUAAAACUGUAGAAAAGAAAUCCAAGAGAUUGCUAGACGGUUCAUGUGGAACUAAUUAGUGUUAUCACUUUAGAACAAAUAUUUUCUUGUAAUGAAUCUGUUGUGCUGUCUUUUCUGAGGUAUAAACUGUGUUCUUACAAAGAUAGACGGUAACGGUACAAUUUCCGAUGAUAUCAUCUCAAAGUUGAAUUUCAGUUUUCC